UUUAAGUAUCUCUGGCCGAUUGGAAAUAAACAUAAUGAUUCAGUGACAGGUGACGCGCCGAAUAACGUGCUCAUGGUUAACCUUGAACGCAUAACAAGUCACGUCGGUCAAUAAAAAAAAAAUGUUUAAUUUUUUUGGAAGUAAACCAACUGUCAAAGAGCAACAACGCGAGAAUGACAGGGCACUUAGAAAAGUCGGCCGAGAUGUUGAGAGAGAAAGAAGACAACUUGAAAGAGAAGAGAAGAAGCUUGAAAUGGAAAUUAAAAAAAUGGCCAGAGAAGGAAACAAUGAGGGAUGUAAGUUGCUGGCGAAACAGUUGAUUCAGCUACGAAAGCAGAAAAAUAGGACAUACGCAGCAAAUAGUAAGAUACAGAGCAUUGGUAUACAGAACAAAGCUAUGGGAGCAAACGUUGCUCUUGCAGAUGCAAUGAGUAAAACAGCAAAAACCAUGGGUGCUGCCAACCAGUUAAUGAAACCAGAACAGGUGGCUGCAGAUAUGAAGGCCUUUGGCCAAGCAUCUAUGAAGAUGGAAAUGACUGAAGAAAUGAUUAAUGAUACCUUGGAUGACAUGUUGAAUGAAUCCGGAGAUGAAGAAGAAAGUGAACAGGUUGUGAAUAAGGUUUUGGAUGAGAUUGGCAUUGAAAUAUCUGGAAAAAUGGCACAAGCCCCAUCAGCAAUCCGUGGAAAAGUUGGAGAGAGCUCAAAAUCAACGUUGCCUACGGAUGAAGAAAUUGAAGAGCAGCUUGCAAAAUUAAGAUCCUAACAUGCAAGAAGUUGUGAAUAUUUGUGCUUCUGCUUGUGUACAGCUUUCUAAUAUGUUGCCGUCCCAGCCAUUUUGCAUGUCUGAUUGUUAUGUUUGUGAGUCUGACAGUUUUGUAAAUGAAUGUAAAUAUCACGGAAGUUUUGCAAUAAAUUUAAUUUUUUAAUAAAGAA